ACUUUCGCCCCAAAUCGUCCCGACGACACGAGUAGGAAGCGAAAGCGCACCAUUCAACGAUCGCUGCAGAAGAGGUUGAGAGUAGAGAAAACCGCUGAUGUCCUCCGUGAAGAGGACAACACGAGAAAUCUGAAACACCAUGCGCAAUCCGCAGCUACGGAUGCUACCGACCACACUUCGGCAGUGUCAAACUUCGGUCGCCCCCCUUCGACGGGUGGGCCUCAGUGGACGGGAUCUCAGGCGCCUGUGAGAGGAGGGUUGAGAGAAUUGACAGGCAUGCCACCAUCCGCACGUUCUGAUUUUAUCUCCCAGCAGAGCGUUCUGUCCGUCCAUCAACCCGAUGAUUCUGUCCGUUGCGCACGAUCCGAAGAUCUGAUAGGACCCGGCACUCCGGGCAACCCUAAUCCUUACCGCGCUUCGCGAGGUGGAGCAGAAAGACUCACGCGCUAGGGUUGCCACCGAGCCAGUCCAUGGGAUACGUCCGCAUGGACGUAUAAUCCCAAUGUCGUACUAACCACAAUUUUCCGCUAGCUGAGUGGUGGAAACCAGGAUGCGUACUCGCAAAGGCUGCUGUAAAUAAAACUCACCUUCAUGCUCAAUUACUUCUCUCUGCACAAUGGGACGUUUUCCCAACAAAUUGUAGUCGCUCGCAAAC